CGGCGAGCUUGAGCGGGGAGUUCUUUGUCGUGAGUGAGCAGGAAACUGAGUGUCCAAAAAACUCCUGCUGUAGUGACUGAGAUAGACGUGACACACUGAUAAAGAUGGCGUUUGUUAAAGAGGAGAGUGAAGACAUCAGGAUUGAAGAAGUGUUCAGUCUGAAACAAGAUCCUGAGGAACAAACAGACCUGGUGUUGAAAAAAGAGAAAGAAGUACUCAAUGACAUUGAAGAGAAAGAUCAAUACGAGAAUCAGCAUGAUUUCACAGCUGGAAACAAAUAUUUUAGGUGUUCACAUGCUGAAAAGAUUUCCACACUAAAAAAAGCUCAAAAGACUGGAAAAACUAGAAGUGAUUUCACUUGCCUUCGGUCUGGAAAGAGUAAUAAUCAACAAGGAAACCUUAAAGUCCACAUUAAGGAAACCCCUUUCAGAUGCCAACAUUGUGGGAAAAGUUUCACUCUUAAAGUAAGUCUUUACAGGCAUAUAAAAAUUCAUACUGGAGAAAAGCCGUACACCUGCCAACAAUGUGGAAAACGUUUCACUUAUAAAGUAAGUCUUGACAGGCAUAUAAAAGUUCACACUGGAGAAAAGCCUUACACCUGUCAACAAUGUGGAAAAAGUUUCAGUUAUCAAGUAAACCUUACCCACCACAAGAGAAUUCACACAGGAGAGAAGCCUUACACCUGCCCACAGUGUGGAAAAAGUUUCUGUCAUCAAGGAAACCUUAGCCACCACUUGAGAAUUCCCACAGGAGAGAAGCCUUACACCUGCCAACAGUGUGGAAAAAGUUACCGUCAUCAAGGAAGCCUUAACCACCACAUGAAAAUUCACAUUGGGGAGACUCCUUUCAGUUGCCAACACUGUGGAAAAAGUUUCACUUAUAAAGGAUGUCUUGACAGGCAUAUAAAAGUUCACACUGGAGAAAAGCCUUACACCUGCCAACAGUGUGGAAAAAGUUUCUGUCAUCAAGGAACCCUUAGCCACCACAUGAGAAUUCACAUUGGGGAGACCCCUUUCAGUUGCCAACACUGUGGAAAAAGUUUCGCUUAUAAAGGAAGUCUCGACAGGCAUAUAAAAAUUCACACUAGAGAAAAGCCCUACACCUGCUCACACUGUGGAAAAAGUUUUGCUCCGCAUGCAAACCUUAAAGUCCACAUGAGAAUACACACUGGAGAGAGACCCUUCACUUGCCAGCAGUGUGGAAAAAGUUUCAGUCAUAAAGGAACUUGGACAUAGAGAAAAGUCUUACUCAUGCCAACAAAGUGUAGAUGUAGUUUCACUCAAAAAGGAAACUUAAACUGGCACACAUUAAUUCACACAGAAUAGAAGCCUUACACCUGGCAACAGCAUUUACUCAACUCAGCUCAACUCAACUUUAUUUAUAAAGCACUUUCAACAACUACCCGUUAAAAGUCUGGCAGCUGAGUUCUGAACGAGCUGCAAACGAGAGAGAGAAGCCUGACUCACACCGAGAUACAAUACAUUACAAUAAUCCAAACAUGAAGACACAAAGGCGUGAACAACUUUCUCCAUAUCAUUAAAAGUAAGAAUAGAUUUCAAUUUAGAUAUUAAUCUAAGAUGGAAGAAACUAUUCUUAACAACAGCAUUAAUUUGCUGCUAAGAUUUAAGCUCAGAGUCAAAAAUGAAUCCAAGGUUCCUCACACUAGACAGUUUUUUCCCUGGAAACAACCCCAAGCAGUCAUCAUCCACACACCCAUUAUUUCCAAAUAAAAUGAGCUCAGUCUUAUCCUCGUUUAAUUGUAGAAAGUUAUUUGCAAGCCAGCACUUAACUUCUGCCAAACAUGCAUGAAGAGACUGAAUGGCACUUUUAUGCCCAUGUUUUAGUGGUACAUAAAUUUGAAAAUCAUCUGCAUAAAGAUGAUAUUGAAUCCCAAAUAUUUCAAAAAUAGAACCUAGAGGGAGCAUAUAAAGGGAAAAUAAAAUUGGUCCCAGUAUUGAGCCCUGUGGAACCCCACACACAAGGGGGGCAAUGGAAGAAAAAUAAUCCCCUAAACUGACUGAAAGAGUCCUAUCCUUCAAAAAGGAAGAGAACCAUUUCAGGACUAAGCCCUGAAUACCAACCUGAUCCCUAACACGAUCAGUGAGAAUGUUAUGAUCAACUGUAUCAAAUGCUGCUGUAAGAUCUAACAACAUCAAGACAAUGCGGUUUCCAGAAUCAACACCUCGUAGGAAAUCAUUAGACACCCUCAAAAGAGCAGAUUCUGUACUAUAACCAACUCUAAAACCUGACUGGAAUCUAUGGCAGAUGUUAUUCCCAGCUAAAAAGUCAUUAAGCUGUGCGUGCACAAUUUUUUGUAGUAUCUUUGAAAUAAAAGGCAUUUAGAGUGUUUCACUCAACAUGGAAACCUUAGAAGUCCACAUGAGAAUUCACGCCACUGUAGCCG